AUGACGGUGACAGGUUACAUCCCCAAGAACGAGUUCGUCGAACGACACGAGCAGGGUGUCACCAAGGGCCGCAAGACAAUCAUGACGGGCGGAGGACGAGCCUGGAGCGAGGCCGAGGAACAAUACCUCGUCCGGACUCGCCUGCAAAAGGUGCCGUACAAGCAAAUCGCGGCCAACCUCAAGAAGACGGAGCUCGCAUGCCGGCUGCACUACCACCAGCUCACGCACAGCAGCGCGCGGCGCAGGCACUCCGUCUCCACGACGUCGCCCGUGUCGGCGUCGAUGAGCAGCCGCCCGGCCGAGAUGAUGACGGUCACGAUCCUCGGCGGCGCCGGGGCGGCGCACCACCAUCAUCGUUCGACGGGCUCCGUGUCGUCGUCGGCGGCGCACCGGAGGGCCGAGAGCUACAGCUCGACGUCGACGGCCUCGUCUGGGGACAACGUCCAGCUGCCGCGCAUCGUCGACGCCUGGGCGUCGUCUCCUCCCACGCUGCCCGUCAUCCUGCCGCGGCCGUCGUCCAUGGUGGGUGAGACGGCAGGAUCCCGCCCUCUGCCGCGGCUGCACGAGGAGCUGUGCCAUCUGCCGCCUCCUCCUCACCAGCAGCAGCACCAGCAGUACUACCCAUCUCAGCAACAACAACACCAUCAGCAUCAUAUGGAGAGGCCGGGCUUCCCCCUGCCGUCAACGUCGACGCACCCGCCCUCGCACGUCGACAUCACCCGCCUGCACGCCCUGUACGACGUGCACCGCGACGCCUUCUGGCACGCCAUCGCCCGGGACUACGGCUGGAACGCGUCGCCGGCGGUGCUGGAGAGCGCGUGGAGGGACAGCCAGCGCAAGGCGGCGGCGACGCCGGACCGGCCCAUAACGCCCGAGGACAGCCCCGAGGCGCCGGCGAGGCGGGACAGCGUGGAGGACAGGACGAGCAUAGCGUCGCUGUUGACGGACGCGUCGCCGAGUCGGUGGUGA